UAUUGAACAAAAUUCCGUAACCUCUCUACUUUUUAAGUCGAUACUGGCCUUAACCAAUAAAUAAAUUGUGUCGUCGCGGUCAUACUCAUUAUGUAUUAAAUACUAAAUAUCAUUUCAUUGAAACAGUAUAUUUAAAACAAUACAAUUGUCAAGCGAUUUGUAAUAAUAACAAUACGAAGCAAUGUCGUUAGAAACAGCUGGACAUUCAAGCGUUCAAAGAUCAACAAAAAAUAGUGAAGCUAUCAACUAUACAGAUUUGGUUAUAAUAAAAGAAGAACCUCAAAUUGGACAAUCCCAGCAUGAUAGACCAUUAGAAAUGUUUUGUACGCUUUGUCUGCGCAAAUGCGCUUCGCACAUGUUGCUUGACUUUAGUUCCUACGUAGACCAAGGAGUUAUCGAAACAGAUGUAGCUGAGCAGAAAGUACAAUAUGCGAUUGGUUUCGCAGUGAAACUGGAACAACGCAGCAUUUGCAUCACCUGCUGGAAGUUAAUAGAAUUAAUAACGGAUUUUAAAGAAUGUUGUAUAAAGGCAACCAAUAAACUGGAAGAUAUCCCAACGGGGUUGAUCAGUUACGAUGAGUGGAAUACCGACGAUAUACAAAAUGGGAUUGAUCAGUAUCGUAAGAUCAUUUCGAACCAUGCAGUUAUAAUUGAUAUGGAUUGUGAAGAGAUUUCCUACGAAAGCCUUGAGUCUAAAACAAUUUGUGAACAAAUGAGUGUCUUUCCAGAUGUAACAGAGUACGAUUUGCAGACGCUCAAAAAAGCAAAAGUUCAAAAGAAGUCGACUUCAGAUGGAAGAUGCAUAAGAAAAAGUUCUACUCAAGUCAGAGCAUCAACUGGUGUUGAUAAAAUAUCACCUGAAGUUAAAGACGAUGGGAAAGUUCGAAGCAAUUCUACUUUAGAACAAGAAAUCAAUGAGAUGGAAAAGGACAAUUACCAGGUAACGAUCGCAACCUGUGAAAUCUGUAACCGGAACUUCGACGGCAAUCGUGCCCUAUAUCUGCACAAAAAACAUUGCACAACGGAGUCUCCGUCGAGCAGAUCCUACACCAGUUGCCCACUUUGUACGGCUUCGUUUAUGGACAACUACGCCUUGAAAUUCCAUCUGAACAAACACAAAGGUGUCCGACCGUUCAAGUGCCGGAAGUUUUGCGAUAAAACUUACACCAGCAACUUUGCGCGCAUCAAACAUGAGCGCAGGUACUGCGUAAAGGAAGGCCGUAUCUGUCCAAUUUGCGGAGCGUCGCUGAAGAAUGACAGCACGCUUAACUCUCAUAUGCAGAGCUUACACGGCGAAGCUAAAUACGAGUGCAAAAUCUGCGAUAGGAAGUUCCGGAGUCAGCGCGCUUUCUACGACCAUAGACGAGUACAUUCGGAUGAGCGGAAGUAUGCCUGCACUGUGUGCGAUAAGGCUUUCAAAAGCCCGUUUGCGCUCACCACUCAUAAGCGUAUUCACACGAACGAGAACCCCUUCGCCUGUCACCUAUGCGAGCAGGCUUUCAACUACAAGGUUCUUCUGAAGACACACAUCGAGCGAUACCAUGGAUCGAAUAGCAUCGGAUGAAAGUGAUUUUUUUACCAAGAUUAUAAAUUUUAAAAUAAAAUAAAUAGAAAACGGACUAUUACAUUACCGCUAGUAGUAA